UUCUUCCAUUAAUAUGGAGCUUAUUAGGGGGAUAUCUUUAAUGAUAUUAGCUUUGUUCUUCCUACAUGGUACCGAGGCGGAUUCGAGUAACAACAGCGGGCUUCUUUAUUCCGAUUAUUACAAAGAAUCAUGCCCUCUUGCAGAGGAGAUUAUUAGACAUAACGUCGAAAUCGCGGUGCUUAAGGAACCUCGGAUGGCGGCUUCCCUCCUUCGCUUGCAUUUCCAUGAUUGCUUUGUCAUGGGUUGUGAUGCAUCAGUUCUCUUGGAUAACUAUGGAGACAUAGUAAGUGAGAAACAAGCAGGACCUAACAACAAUUCCAUAAGAGGAUUUGGGGUCAUUGAUAAGAUUAAGGCCAUCUUGGAAGAUGCAUGUCCCUAUACUGUUUCUUGUGCUGAUAUUCUUGCUAUCAUAGCUCGCGAUGCCGUUGAAUUGAGAGGUGGCCCAAGGUGGGAAGUACAGUUAGGGAGAAAGGAUUCUUUGAAAGCAAGCUUUAAUGGUGCCAACCAGUUCAUCCCAGCCCCUAAUUCUUCCUUAGAGACUCUCAUUAAAAAUUUUCAAGCACAAGGUCUUGACAUCUUGGACUUGGUUGCUCUUUCAGGAAGUCAUACAUUUGGAAAAUCACGAUGUUCAAGUUUCCGGCAGAGGAUCUAUAACAACAUGGAUGAAGAGUUUGAUUAUUACAAAAGAUAUAAGAUCUUCAAUGGAAUGUUACGAUCAUUUUGUCCGAGAUCAGGGAGAGACAAUGCAGUAAUCCCACUUGAUUUCAUUACUCCGGCGAGAUUUGACAACAAAUACUACAUUAAUCUUCUUCAAGGAAAGGGGUUGUUAAUAAGUGAUAAUGUACUAGUAACUCAAGACCAUGAAGGUACCAUAGUGAAGAGAGUGUGGGCUUAUGCCUCUGAUCAACAACUAUUCUUCAACUCAUUUGCUAAAUCAAUGAUUAAGAUGGGAAACAUCAAUGUACUCACCGGAGAGCAGGGAGAGAUACGCCGGAAUUGCCGGUUUGUGAACCCUGCAACUCCCUCCAAAUAGGGAGACUCAUUAGGAGGUUAUAUUAAAACCUACUAAACCAUAAAGGUAUUAAGCUAAUCUUGAUGUAUUUACAUUUGUUAUCUUUGUAGAAAACCAAUCUAAUCCCACAAUACUCCUUACUAUUAUCAUAGGAUUUGAAUUAGUGAAUUGAAUUGGUUAA